UCUCCAACAGCCAGGCUGCUUCAGAGAGUUGGGGACAUUAAGCAGCCCAACUUUAUAACAGAGGAAAACGAAAUCGAGAGAGGAGGGAUCUGGCUAUCUGCAGCUUUGACUAACUUCUGUCUGUCUGGCUGCCUGCCUGCCUUUGGAGACCAGAACCGGACGAGAUACAAGUUUUGAUUCUCAGAUCAAAGUUAUUUUAAAACUGCUUUUUCCCUUUUUUAAAUGCAUCGUUUAGCUUUAGACGUCUUUUGAUUUUUGAAGGUGUCUUUUUUAAGUUGUGCCAUUCUUAUUUAAAAUGACUGUGCUAAUGAACUUUAAAUGGUUAUUUAAAAUCUGCACAGCGUGCCUGGUCCUGCUCUCGCAGUCGACAGCUCAAGAUGCUGCUGAGACCGAGGAGAAGGCGGAGGACAUCCCGGAGGGAGCCUCUACCCUGGCCUUUGUGUUUGAUGUGACUGGGUCCAUGUAUGAUGAUUUAGUUCAAGUUAUUGAAGGAGCCUCAAAGAUUUUAGAAACAUCCCUAAGUCGACCCAAGAAGCCUCUAUAUAACUUUGCUCUUGUGCCCUUUCACGACCCAGAGGUUGGCCCAGUCACCAUUACAACAGAUCCAAAGAAAUUUCAAUAUGAACUCAGAGAACUAUAUGUACAGGGUGGUGGUGACUGCCCUGAAAUGAGCAUCGCUGCAAUCAAAAUUGCUUUGGAAAUUUCUCUUCCUGGAUCUUUCAUCUACGUCUUCACAGAUGCACGAUCGAAGGACUACAGGCUUACUCAUGAUGUUUUGCAACUUAUCCAGCAGAAACAAUCUCAGGUUGUAUUCGUGCUAACUGGAGACUGUGGCGAUCGGAGCCAUGUUGGUUAUAAAGUAUACGAGGAAAUUGCUUCCACAAGUUCUGGCCAGGUUUUCCACCUCGACAAGAAACAAGUGAAUGAGGUUUUGAAAUGGGUAAAAGAAGCUGUCCAGGCAUCCAAAGUCCACCUGCUUUCCACAGAUCAUGUCACCCAAGCUGUAAACAUCUGGCAAAUCCCCUUUGAUCCAAGUCUAAAAGAGGUCACAGUAUCUCUUAGUGGUCCUGCCCCCUUUAUUGAAAUUCGUGAUCCUACAGGAAAGUUGAUAAAGAAAGGAUCUGGUCUUAAUGAACUUUUACACAUUGCAAACUCUGCCAGGGUGGUUAAUGUAAAGGAUCCAGAACCAGGACUGUGGACCAUUAAGACAGCAAGUGCUGGAAGACAUUCAGUUCGAAUCACAGGACUCAGUACCAUUGACUUUCGAGCUGGAUUUUCCCGAAAACCAACAAUGAAUUUUAGGAAGAUUAAUAACAGACCUGUACAAGGUAUACCAACAUAUUUACUAUUGAAUACAACUGGACUCAUCCCACCUGCUAGAGUGGAUCGAGUGGAACUCCUUGGCAUCUCGGGUGUUGCAUUGAAAACUAUUCCUGUGAAGUAUUACCCUGACCGCAAGCCUUACAGCAUCCUCAAUGUAACUGAGUUUAUUCCACCUGAUGAAUCAUUUUUUUUGAAGGUAACCGGCUAUGACACAGAAGAUUACCUCUUCCAGCGAGUAUCUGGUGUGUCCUACUCCAACAUUAUCCCAGGUGCUCCGAAGGUCACAAUGCUGGCACAGACGCCAGGAUAUUACCUGCAGAUGGGCUACAUCAUAUGUACAGUGGACAGCCUCAUCCCCUUCACGUUGCGCUUCAGCAGAACUGGCACAAAACUUGGAACAGAUCAGUUUUUCAAGGAAUCUGCCACUGCAAGUUUGGAGAUCCCUCGUGUUUCUGCAGUACAUGAAGGGCUUUAUGAAUGCAUAGCAAUUAGUAGUGCCGGCACUGGGCGUGCCCAAACCUUCUUGGAUGUGUCAGAACCUCCCCCAACGAUUCAAGUGCCCAACAACGUCACUGUUAUUCCUGCUGAGAGAGCCAUAUUGACCUGCUUGACACUGAGCACAGUACGCUACAACCUCACUUGGCAGAAAAAUGGUGCUGAUCGAAGAUUGGCAGAAAGGCACAGGGUUCAAGUAAUGAGAAACUUAUCUCUGGAGAUCAAGAAUGUACGACCGACUGAUGCUGGGCAAUAUAAUUGCAUUGCUACAAAUGAAGGGGGUGCCACGCUUGCUUCAGUGUUCCUGAUAGUGCAAGAACCUCCGAGAGUUACCGUGUACCCCAAGAACCAGACGUUCAUUGAAAGGAAAGAAGUGCGAAUCAGCUGCUCUGUCACAGGCUACCCCCAACCACAGGUAGUCUGGACUCACAAUGAUAUGUUCCUAAUGGGAGCAAGCAGGCAUAUGCUAAGUAAAGGUGGUAGUCUAAUUAUUAGACACGCUUCCCAGAAGGAUUCUGGAGUUUAUUCCUGCUUGGCCAGUAACCCUGCAGGGACAGACAGAGAAGCAUCCAUUCUCACCUAUAUAGAGGCUCCAAAGGUCACUGUUGUCCGAAAGGAAAUCCUCAUUGGCCUCGGUGACACUUCAGUUCUGGAAUGCAAAACCACUGGUGUUCCAGAGCCAGAGGUCAAAUGGUUCAAAGGUGACCUUGAGCUGAGUCCUUCCAAUUUUCUGAGCAUUGAUACUCAUCAAGGUAUUCUGAAGAUUCAGGGAACCCAGGAUCUGGAUGCAGGAGACUAUACCUGUGUGGCCAUAAAUGAUGCAGGAAGAGCAUCUGGUCAGGUCACAUUGGAUGUUGGUUCAUCGCCUGUUUUCUCACAAUCCCCUCUGGAUAUUUCAGUAGAUAUUGGUUCAAACCUGACUCUACCUUGCCAGGCUCAGGGCUACCCCAAACCACGAAUCAGAUGGCGGCGGUUGGAUGGGGAGUCCAUCUUCUCAAGACACACAGGAGUCAGUUCAGUGACUCAGUUGAGAACAGGAAGUCUUUUCUUUCAUAAUCUUUGGGUGGAUGAUGAAGGCACAUACGUGUGUGAGGCUGAAAACCAGUUUGGAAAGGUUCAGGCUCAAGCCACAGUGACAGUCACAGGACUAGUUACGCCACUGAUUGGAAUCAGACCAGCAGUUGUCAACAUCAUUGAGGGACAACCACUCACUUUACCAUGCGUAUUAUUGGCUGGAAAUCCACUCCCAGAAAGGCGUUGGAUAAAAAGUAAUUUCAAGGUGAUAUCAGAUGGGUAUGUGACCAUACGUAGAGAUGGAAGUCUUCAUAUUGAAAGGAUUCGCCUACGUGAUGGUGGGAAGUAUACAUGUGUGGCCAGUAAUGUGGCUGGAACAAAGAACAGAACGACUACUGUGAAUAUAUUUGUUCUCCCCACCAUCCAACAUGGACCUCAAGUAUUCAGUACCAUUGAGGGAGUCCCAGUAAAGCUACCUUGCAAAGCACAUGGUGUUCCCAAACCUUCUAUUGUCUGGACUAAGAAUGGUGAACUCAUUAGUCAACAUAUGGGGAAAAUCAACACAGAUUCUAAUGGUAGUUUAUUAAUAUCUUCACCAACUGGUGAAGAAACUGGGGAAUUUGUGUGUACAGCAACAAAUGCAGCAGGCUACGCCUCACGCAAAGUUCAACUGACAGUUUAUGUUAAACCAAGAGUCAUUACUGAGUCUAGAGGAGGAUCUGAGGGAGGAAGCCCGAAGGAAAUAUCAGUGAUAGAAGGAGAGGACAUCACGUUGCCUUGUGAAGUACGAAGCUUUCCACCUCCCAUUAUCAACUGGGCCAAAAAUAUGCAAUUAAUCUCUCCUUUUUCACCAAGACACACUCAACUUUCCUUUGGCUCAAUGAAAAUAAUUGAAACCAGACGGUCCGAUAGUGGACUCUACCUAUGUGUUGCCACAAAUAUUGCUGGGAAUGUUACUCUGUAUACUAAACUGAGUGUGCACGUUCCUCCACAAAUUGAGCCUGGACCCCGUAUUAUGAAAGUCCAAGCAGGUCACAGGAUUGACAUCCCCUGCAAUGCACGGGGAAUGCCGACUCCCACUAUAACCUGGUAUAAAGGAAGUAACAACAUUCUGCCUGAUGAAAAGCAGUACAGUGUGGGUGCUGAAGGAACGCUGACUAUUGAGAGGGCCCAACUCAUCAAUGAUGGAGUUUAUAAGUGUGUUGCCAAAAAUGUGGCCGGCCAGCAUGAAGUAAAUACAACUGUACAGGUUCACGAACCUCCUACUGUUGAAGACCCAGGACCUCCAUACAAUAAUCCUUUCCAAGAGAGAGUGGCAAACCAGCGUAUAGCAUUCCCCUGUCCAGCUAAAGGUAUCCCGAAACCUGUAAUUAAGUGGCUACGUAAUGGAAGAGAGUUGAUUGGGAGCGAGCCAGAUGUUUCCAUUUUGGAUGAUGGGACCCUGCUUAUUGAUACUGUUUCACCACGUGACAAUGGAGAGUAUGUCUGUGUGGCAGUCAAUGAGGCUGGAACAACAGAAAGAAAAUAUCAGCUCAAGGUCCAUGUUCCUCCCGCAAUCAGGGAUAAUGAAAAGCCAGCAAACAUAUCAGUGGUCUUGAACCAACCCAUCAGCCUCUUCUGUGAUGUGUCUGGUCACCCUGUUCCCAUCAUCUCUUGGUACAAAGACGGAAUACUUGUUGGGGGCAGCAGUGUUGUACAGAUAUUGAAUGCAGGAAAAACACUAAAAGUGUACAAGGCUGUGACUGGUGACACAGGGAAAUACACUUGUCGGACAGUCAACAUUGCUGGAACUGCAGAGAAGAACUUCAAUGUGGAAGUGCUAGUCCCUCCCAGUAUAAUGGGUGCUGGCAGUGCAAGUGAAGUCUCAGUGAUUCUGAAUCGGGAAACAACGCUGGAGUGCAUAGUCAAAGGCUUUCCCUUUCCUAACAUUCAAUGGUACAAAGACAACAGGCUUCUGUUCCCAGAUGACACUAACAUGGAGGUAAAAAACAGAGGGCAGGUAUUAUACAUAAAGAGUGCACGUCUAGCUGACCAAGGUCACUACCAGUGCAGUGUGGUGAAUGCUGCAGGAAAACGAUUCAAGGAAUUCAAGCUCAAUGUCUAUGUCCCACCAAGUAUUAAAGGCAGUAACAUCACAACUGAUCUGACAGUUCUGCUGAAUCACCCUGUGACCUUGGAAUGUGAGGCUCGUGGUGUUCCCCUGCCCGCUAUAACAUGGUACAAAGCUGAUCGACCAAUCAUCUCCAGUCCACAAGCUACAUAUAUUAACAGAGGGCACCUCCUUCAGAUCCCUCAAGCCCAUGUAUCGGAUGCAGGCCAAUAUACUUGUCGUGUCACCAGCAUCGCUGGAAUUGCUGAAAAAUUCUAUGUGUUGGAUGUGUAUGUUCCUCCUAACAUUGAAGAAGGAAGUCCCGAUAGCCCUCAGCAUAAGAAGGUCACUGCCAGUAGCUCGUUGGUUCUGGAAUGUGAAGCUUCUGGCUACCCCCCUCCUGUUCUCACCUGGUUGAAGGAUGGAGUACCUGUGAAAGCUAGUAAUAACACCCGUAUCCUUCAGGGAGGCAGAAAGUUAGAGAUCCCCAAUGCAGCUGUAUCUAAUGCAGGCGGAUACUUGUGUGUGGCUAGCAGUAUUGCCGGAGAAAGCACAAUAAAGUAUACCGUUGAUGUUUUGGUGCCACCAAUCAUAGAAGGGAGUGAUGAAGCCACAGACACCACAGUACUUGUCCAUAAUCCACUGGAACUCAAGUGUGAUGCAGCAGGAACUCCCCCUCCAAACAUCAUAUGGAUGAAGGAUGGCCAACCUAUUAAAAGCAUGGUCGGCGUUCAAAUUUCAGCCAAUAGCCAGAAGUUAAUCAUCUCCCAAGCUCAAGUCUCUGACACAGGCAGAUAUCAAUGUGUAGCUACAAAUGAAGCAGGCAAUCAGCAGCGAGAAUUCAACGUCAUAGUUCAGGUCUCACCAACAAUUAGAUCAACAGGACCUUCUGAAAGAUCAGUGGUGGUUCGUAAAACAGUAACCCUACAGUGUGUAGCCAACGGUAUUCCAAACCCUGCCAUUACCUGGCUCAAAGAUGGACGGCCAGUAAACACAGCAAGAGGAAACAUUAAGUUGGAGUCUGCAGGUCGCAUGCUGCAGAUUGUGAGUGCCUUGCUGGAGGAUGCAGGCAGGUAUUCCUGUGUAGCAACAAACACAGCUGGAGAAGCACAGCAACACAUUAGACUCAAUGUACAUGAACCUCCGAGCAUUGAAGAUGGAGGCCAAACUCUAAAUGAGACAGUGAUUGUGAGAAAUCCAAUAGAACUGAAAUGUAAAACGUCAGGAAAUCCAAUACCAGCUAUAACAUGGUACAAAGACAACCAGCCUCUCAGCACAAGCUUUGGAGCUUCCAUACUGAAUCGGGGUCAGCUUCUACAGAUUGCCAAUGCUCAGGUAGCAGACAGGGGCAUGUAUAAGUGUGCAGCUGUCAAUGUGGCAGGUUCUGCUGAGUUAUUCUACAGUGUGAAAGUUUAUGUUCCUCCAACAAUCCUUGGCAGCAGUGACAUGGUGACUGUGGUGGUAAAUAACCCUGUUAGGCUGGAAUGUGAGGCCAGGGGCAUCCCAGUACCAAAUUUGACAUGGCUGAAAGAUGGCAGCCCCGUCUCCAGCUUUUCAGAUGGUGUUCAGGUUCUAUCUGGAGGUCGAGUGCUUGCGAUCACCAGCACUCAGAUCAGUGACACUGGCAAAUACACAUGUGUAGCGGUAAACACUGCCGGAGAACAGCAAUGGGAUAUUGACCUCAGAGUUCAUGUUCCACCAAAUAUCAUGGGAGAAGAACAAAAUGUCUCUGUCACUAUCAACCAGGCUAUUGUGCUGAAGUGUCAAAGUAAUGCAAUCCCGCCUCCAACUCUCAGCUGGUUGAAAGAUGGAAAACCUCUGCUCAAGAAGCCAGGUCUUACUGUUUCUGAUGAUGGAAGUACUUUAAAGAUUGAGGCUGCGCAAGUCCUGGAUGCUGGUCGUUACACAUGCGAAGCCACAAAUGUGGCUGGUAAAACAGAGAAGAACUACAACUUAAACAUUUGGGUUCCACCCAGUAUUCAAGGAUCAAAUGAAUUAUCCAAGCUGACAGUCAUAGAAGGAAGCCUAAUUAGCUUGGUUUGUGAAUCCAGUGGUAUCCCACCACCAAGUCUGGCGUGGAAGAAAAACGGUUCUCCAUUGCUAAAUGAUCAAUCUGGACAAGUCCGUGUUGUCUCUGGUGGGCGACAGUUGCAGAUCUCAGCUGCUAAAAUAUCUGACAGUGCAUCCUACACUUGUGCUGCAUCUAAUGUUGCUGGGAAUAGCAUAAAAGAAUACAAAUUAGAGGUCUAUGUCCGGCCAACUAUUAGUAACAGUGAAAGCCGUCUAACUGAAGUCACUGUUAUUCGAGGAAAUGACAUUGCCUUAGAGUGCAAGGCCCAGGGGAUUCCUCGUCCUGCACUGACAUGGUUGAAAGAUGGUCGCCCUCUUGUGAAUGGCAGAGGAGUGAUCAUCCUGAAUGAUGGACAGCUACUACAGGUUAAGAAUGCACAGGUUUUUGACACUGGACGGUACACAUGUGUGGCUGUGAAUGUAGCAGGACAGGUUGAUAAGAAAUAUGACCUCAACAUACAUGUGCCACCAAGUAUUAAAGGAGCCCUGGGAGUGCCAGAGAAUAUCAGUGUUGUGGUCAAUAAUCCUGUUGUAUUGACCUGUGAAGCUUCAGGCAUCCCUCUUCCGUCGAUCACCUGGCUGAAGGAUGGACAUCCAAUCAGCCUGAGCAAUGCUUUGAGAAUACUCUCAGGUGGUCGCAUACUGCGCUUGAUGCACUCUGCAGUGGAGGAUUCAGGGAGAUACUCCUGUGUGGUCACAAAUGCUGCAGGAGAAGAGAGCAAAAGCUUUGACCUUGAUGUAUUAGUACCACCAAGCAUCGUUAAUGAAGAUAAGAUGGAGGAUGUGAAAAUCAAGGAGAAUCACAGUAUUACCCUCACCUGUGAGGUUUCAGGCAAUCCUGUUCCUCAGAUAAGAUGGGUGAAAGAUGGUCAAUCUCUGACAGAAGACCAGCAGCAUCGAAUUCUAUCCAGUGGACGCUUUCUUCAGAUUGUGAGUGUCCAUGUGUCUGAUACAGGUCGAUACAUCUGCAUUGCUUCCAACACAGCUGGAGAUAAGAACAAAAACUUCAACCUAAAUGUACUAGUGUCUCCAAAAAUUCCUGGUACUGAUAGUCAAGGCACUCCAGAGGACGUCACUGUUAUUCUGAAUAGCCCCACCUCUCUUGUGUGUGAGGCACAAUCGUACCCUCCUGCAACCAUCACUUGGCUCAAAGGUGGGGCACCUUUCGACUCUGACAAAAAUGUCCAGAUUCUUCCAGGGGGUCGAACUCUUCAGAUUCUGAAUGCUCAGGGAAAGGAUGCAGGAAGAUAUACCUGUAUUGCUACUAAUGAAGCUGGAGAAACACUAAAGAAUUAUGAAGUAAAAGUAUUCAUCCCUCCUACUAUCAAUAAAGAUGAUGUCCCAGGUUUUGGUCUGUCACCUAAAGAAAUUAAGAUCAAAGUAAACAACAGCUUAACUCUUGAAUGUGAAUCUCACGCAAUCCCAGCAGCUACCCUUCGCUGGUACAAAGAUGGACAGCCUCUCAAGAAAGAUGAUCGCAUUACUAUCACAGAAAAUGGCCAUAUUAUUCAAAUCAAGAACACCCAGAUUUCAGAUACAGGACGAUAUACCUGUGUUGCCACCAAUAUUGCUGGAGCGGAUGAAAAAGAUUAUGAUGUGAAUGUUCAAGUUCCACCAAGUUUUGUGAAGCCAUUAUAUGUCCACAAUACAAAGGAUGGUGCACUUGAAGGAAGCAAGAGUGUUGAUUUUAAGGACGUAGUCAUGAAUAACCCCAUCUCCCUGUACUGCGAGACCAAUGCUGUUCCACCACCAUCCCUCACUUGGUAUAAAGAUGGCAAACUGUUGACGUCUAGUGACAAAGUUUUGAUAUUGCCAGGAGGACGUGUGUUACAAAUUCCUAGAGCACAAAUAGAAGAUGCUGGCAGGUAUAUGUGUGUGGCUAUGAAUGAAGCAGGCAAGGAUUCAAUUCAGUAUGAAUUGAGAGUUAUGACUCCUCCUACCAUUAAAGGGGCUGAUACUGAUUUACCAGAAGAAGUAAUUGUGCUGAUAAACAAGACUAUCAUGUUGGACUGUAUGGUCAGCGGAACUCCCACUCCUAAAAUCUCCUGGCUGAAGGACGGGCAGCCAUUGAAAGCAGACGAUACCCACAAAAUCCUGUCCAGUGGAAGAACUCUUCAGGUCCUCAAUGCUCACGUAUCAGAUACAGGCAGAUAUGUUUGUGUUGCAGAAAAUGUAGCUGGAAACACAGAAAAAUAUUUCAACUUGAAUGUCCAUGUGCCUCCCAGUAUCAUGGGCAUCAACCCAGAGAACAUGACUGUUGUUAUAAAUAACUUCAUCUCUUUGACUUGUGAAGCCACAGCGUUUCCACCACCCAGCCUCAGCUGGCUUAAGGAUGGGAAACCUCUACAGUCCAACACCAACAUUCUUAUUUUGCCAGGAGGCCGAACUGUCCAGCUGCCUCGGGCUAAGCAGUCAGAUGGAGGAAAAUACACGUGUUUAGCCAUGAAUCAAGUAGGAGAAGCUGAAAAACAGAUUUACCUCACUGUUUAUGUUCCACCAACUAUUAAGGACCGUGCAGGGGAUUCCCCUCACGCAAUCAGUAUCCGCACUGGAAACACAGCCAUGUUGGAAUGUGAAUCAAAUGCAGUACCACCACCUGUCAUCACCUGGUUUAAGAACGGGCGGCCAGUCACAGAAUCCAACAACAUUCGUACCCUGGACAAUGGGCAAAUGCUGGAAAUCACAGGUGCAGAGGUUUCAGACACAGGCCAGUAUGUCUGCAAAGCUACAAAUAUUGCUGGACAAGUAGAUAAGAAUUUCCACCUCAAUGUACAUGUCCCACCCAGUAUUGAAGGUCUGGCAGAAGAAAAAAUCAAUGAGGUCAUUAGCAACCCUGUUACUUUUGCAUGUGAUGCUACUGGCAUUCCUCCACCUACAUUAACAUGGCUGAAGAACGGGAGGACCAUUGCAAAUGCCGAGUCCUUAGAGAUGCACAUCCUGUCAGGAGGAAGCAAACUGCAAAUUGCUCGUUCCCAGCUGGCAGACAGUGGAACUUAUACCUGUGUGGCAUCAAACGUGGAGGGAAUGGCACGGAAGAACUACAUCCUGACUAUUCAAAUCCCUCCCAAUAUAUUUGGUGCGGAGAUGCCCAGCGAAGUCAGUGUUCUACUAGGUGAAAAUGUGAAAUUGGUUUGCGCAGCUGAUGGUAUUCCCAGACCUUCAAUACAGUGGCUCAAAGAUGGGAAACCCCUUAAUGCUGCUGAUGAUAAACGAUUGAGAGUGAGUCCAGAUGGUAGUACUCUCCAAAUUAAUGGCACAGUGACUACAGACGUUGGUAAAUACACUUGCGUAGCCACCAAUUCUGCUGGUGAGGAAGAUCGGAUUUUCAACCUCAAUGUUUAUGUUCCACCAACUAUUCACAGUAAUCAGAAGGGAAAUCAGGACCUCACAACCAUAUUGGACAACUCAAUUAACAUUGAGUGUAUGGCUACAGGCUCCCCUCCUCCGCAGAUGAACUGGCUAAAGAAUGGACUACCUCUGCCCAUUUCCUCUCAGAUCAGACUUCUCUCUGCUGGGAAGGUUUUGAGAAUUGUACGAACACAGGUGUCAGAUGCUGGUACAUACACUUGUGUGGCUUCUAAUCGAGCUGGUGUGGAUAACAAGCAUUAUAACCUAAUAGUGUAUGUUCCUCCAAGGCUGGAUGAUGCUGGUGCCACCGAAGACCUCACUGUAGUAAAGGGAAAUCCAGCUUCCCUAACCUGCAUCACUGAUGGAACUCCAACCCCGACACUAGCUUGGCUUAAAGAAACACAGCCCCUCAAACUAGGUCCUCAUAUGACUGUUAGAAACCAGGGAAUGUCGCUGCAGAUUUCCAUGGCUGAGGUGAAAGACACUGGAAAAUAUGCCUGCGUGGCAGCUAAUGAAGCUGGCGAGGUGAACAAGCACUUCAAUUUGAAGGUGCUGGAUCCACCUCAUAUCAAUGGCUCCAAUUUCACAGAGGAAGCUUCUGUAGUUGUGAACAAUCCCCUAGAACUUCACUGUGUCGCCACUGGCAUCCCAACUCCCAAACUGACCUGGAUUAAGGAUGGACGGCCUUUGCCACAAACAGAUGCCAUUCGUGUUCUUCACAAUGGUGAAGUGUUGAAAAUAGUGAACGCUCAGGUACAAGAUACAGGCAGAUAUACGUGUCUGGCUUCCAGUACAGCAGGAGAUGAUGAUAGAGAGUAUUUGGUGAGGGUACAUGUCCCACCAAACAUUGCUGGUCAAAGUGGGCCUCAGGACUUGGCUGUGCUACAGAAUGGACAGGUAAUCCUGGAGUGCAAGUCUGAUGCUGUACCACCUCCAACAUUGGCCUGGCUAAAGGAUGGCAAACCACUACAGGCCACCCCUCGUUUACGCAUCCUCUCCAGCGGACGAUACCUUCAGAUUAAUAAUGCUGAGCUAGCAGAUACAGCCCAAUACACUUGUGUUGCAAGCAAUGUUGCAGGAAAAACGACAAGAGAAUUUACCAUAGCAGUAAAUGUUGCUCCAUCUAUAAAAGAAGGUUCACAGACGGUGACCGUCCACAUGAACCAACCAGCGGUGCUCAGUUGUGUAGUAGGUGGGGUACCAGCUCCCCAAGUCACCUGGAGAAAGGAUGGUGCCAUUAUUUCAACAAGUAACCUGCGGUAUUCAUUCUUAGAUGAUGGUUCUCUGCAUAUUGACUCAGCUCAAGUAACAGAUACAGGUCGUUAUCUGUGCAUGGCAACCAACACAGCUGGAACAGCUCGUAAGCGAACUGAUGUACAAGUCUACGUUCCUCCAUCCAUUGCUGCUGACCUCAACAAUAUCACCGUUCUUGUCAAUGUGCAGACCACUUUGGCAUGUGAAGCUACUGGCAUCCCAAAGCCUACAGUCAACUGGAGGAAGAAUGGGCGCCUUCUCAACACUGAUCAAAAUCAGAAUAUGUACAGACUGCUUUCCUCUGGUUCUCUUGUAAUCAUCUCGCCCACUGUAGAAGACACCGGACACUAUGAAUGUAAAGUCUCAAAUUAUGCUGGGGAAGACCAAAGAGCUAUCAGACUUACUGUACAAGUUCCCCCUUCAAUUGCUGAUGAAGCUACCGACCUGUUGGUAACAAAGUUGUCGCCAGCUGUUAUUACAUGCACUGCCUCUGGUGUCCCAGAACCAACAAUUCAUUGGAUAAAGAAUGGAGUCAAGCUGCCACCUCAAGGAGAAGACUACCUCAUUUUAUCCACAGGAACUAUUGAUAUCAGUACGGCCCAGCUCAGUCAUACUGGAAGGUAUACAUGUGUUGCAAAGAAUGCUGCUGGCACUGCACACAGGCAAGUCAGCCUCCGAGUACAAGAGCCUCCUGUCAUCCAAACUCAGCCUAGCAAUCUGAAUGUGAUUCUGAAUAAUCCCAUUAUUCUUCCUUGUGAGGCCAUUGGCACACCAAGCCCCACUAUUACCUGGCAGAAGGAAGGCAUCAGCAUUAACGCAGCAGGAGGGGAUUACACUGUUCUACCCAAUGGAGGUCUUCAGAUUACUCGAGCUGCAGUAAAAGAUACUGGAACAUUCAUAUGUGUUGCACAGAAUCCAACUGGCACAGCCCUGGGAAAGAUAAAGCUGAGGGUGCAGGUGCCUCCAGUUAUAACAGCCCAUCCAAAGAACUAUGUUGUUGCUUUGGAUAAAUCAGUCACCAUGGUCUGUGAGGCCAAGGGUUACCCAAUUCCUGAAGUCACCUGGAACAAAGAUGGACAACAAGUUACAGAGAGCAUUCGCCAGAGGAUCCUCAGCACUGGUGCCCUGCAGAUUGCCUUUGUCCAACCCAGAGACACUGGACGAUACACCUGUACAGCUUCCAAUCCAGCAGGUUCCAGCAGCUCUGUCAUGGUUCUGACUGUUCACAUCCCACCUACUAUACGCACUGCCAACACCGAAUACACUAUGAUUGAGGAAUCUCAGGGAACAUUGCCAUGCAUUGCUGAUGGUGUCCCUGAACCAGUGCUUACCUGGCAGAAAGAUGGCAUAAUCCUGAAUGACACACCAGGAAAAUACAGAUUGAUGCUGUCAGGAGAACUCAUUGUGGAAAAUACUAUGCCUGAUGACACUGGUAGUUACACUUGUAUAGCUACCAAUGUAGCUGGUCGAGACACCAAAACCUUCAGCCUGACUAUCUACAUCCACCCAGCUUUUACAGAACUGCCUGGAGAUGUAUCCUUAAACAAAGGGGAACGUCUAGCUUUGAACUGUGCAGCAAGUGGUAUUCCUACACCCAUAAUCACCUGGGCAUUCAACAACAACAUUAUACCUGCUCAAUAUGACAAUGUCAAUGGACACAGCAAACUGGUCAUUGAAAAGGUAUCGAAGGAUGACUCAGGCACAUACAUUUGCACAGCAGGAAAUAGAGUGGGAUCCAUCAAGGCCAUUGGAUCUGUAUAUGUCAAAGAGCCUCCAAUCUUUGAUGGUGACUUCAAUCCAAGCCGCAUUGAGCCUCUUGGAGGCAAUGCUAUCCUUAACUGUGAGGUCCGAGGUGAUCCACCUCCCACUAUCCAGUGGAGUAAAAAGGGAAUCCAUAUUCAGAUCACCAACAGGAUCCGCCAACUCCACAAUGGUUCACUGGCCAUCUACGGUACAGUGAAUGAAGAUGCAGGAGAUUAUAAGUGUAUUGCUACGAAUGAUGCUGGUGUGGUUGAGCGCAGCAUGACCCUGACUCUGCGGAGUUCUCCAGUGUUCACUGUUGAACCCAUGGAUACUGUUGCUGAUGCUGGCGCCACAGUAAUGCUGAACUGUCAAGCAGGUGGAGAGCCACUUCCAACUGUUGAGUGGUCCCGUCAAGGUCGGCCACUAAUAGGAAGCGAUAGGAUCACAAUCCUGUCUAACAACUCACUGCGGCUUGCUGCUGUGCAGAAGGAAGACACAUCAGAAUAUGAGUGUGUGGCCAGGAAUCUCAUGGGCUCUGUGCUUGUCAAAAUCACUCUGACAAUACAAGUGCAUGGCGGAUUUUCUGAAUGGUUGAAGUGGGAUCCAUGUAGUGUUACCUGUGGACAUGGAGUGCAGAAACGAUUGCGACUUUGUAACAACCCAGUUCCUGCAAAUGGAGGACGGCAUUGCGAGGGCACUGAUUCAGACACACGCAGGUGCCAAUCCAAACCUUGCCCAGUGGAUGGCAGCUGGUCAGAGUGGGGCCAAUGGGAGGAAUGUUCUCAUACCUGUGGCCAGGGCAACAGGACAAGGACCAGGACGUGCACUAAUCCAUCAAUGCAAUAUGGGGGGAAACGGUGUGAAGGCAAAGCUGUGGAGGCUAUCAUGUGCAACAUUCGGCCUUGUCCAGUUGUUGGUGGCUGGAGCUCCUGGUUGCCUUGGGGACCAUGCAGUGAAACCUGUGGUAAAGGGACUCAAACUAGACUAAGACUUUGCAACAAUCCUCCGCCAUCAUUUGAUGGGGCCCACUGUGAGGGGCAGGAUGCACAGACAAGGGUUUGUAAGAACAGGCUGUGUCCAGUGGAUGGAAAAUGGACAUCUUGGAUCAGCUGGACAGCAUGUAGUGUGUCCUGUGGAGGAGGCACUCGACAAAGGGCCAGAACAUGUUCAGAUCCAACGCCGCAGAAUGGAGGGCGCUACUGUGAAGGCAAUGAUGUACAAAUCGACUUCUGCAACAGUGAUCCAUGCCCAACCCAUGGUAACUGGGGUCCAUGGAGCAGUUGGGGAACCUGCAGUCGAACAUGCAAUGGAGGACAAAUGCGACGAUAUCGUACCUGUGACAAUCCCCGGCCAGCAAAUGGUGGAAGGGCUUGUGCUGGAGCUGAUACUCAGGUUCAACGGUGCAGUAUUAAUGUUUGCCCAGUGGAUGGAAACUGGGGACCUUGGCAAGCCUGGAAUGAUUGUUCAGCAUCUUGUGGAGGUGGUGCACAGAGGCGACUUCGCCUGUGUAACAACCCAGUGCCUUCUAGUGGAGGCCGCUCAUGCCCAGGCGAUGGUUCACAGGUGUCCAGAUGUAAAGUCCAGCCCUGUCCAGGUGGUCCUCAGCGUGCCAGAGGAAGUGUUAUAGGAAAUAUUAACAAUGUGGAAUUUGGUGUUGCUUUACUGAACGCUACAGUGCUUGACAGCCCAGAGACUGGUACUCAAAUUAUACAAGCACAAAUCUCAAAUGUACCCCAGAGCAUUGGCCCUGCCAUGAGGAAGCUCAUCUCAAUAUUAAAUCCAAUCUAUUGGACAACAGCAAAGGAAAUCGGGGAAGCAGUUAAUGGAUAUUCUCUCACAGAAGGUGUAUUCAGACGGGAGACGCAAGUUGAGUUUGCCACUGGAGAGAUACUACGAAUGACGCACAUUGCUAGAGGCCUGGACUCAGAUGGGGCACUAUUACUGGACAUUGUGGUGAAUGGAUAUGUGCUGCAACUAUCCUCAUCUGUAAACCUCAAUGUUAAGGAUUACACAGAAGACUACAUUCAAAUCGGACCAGGUCAGAUUUACGCCUACUCUACCAGGAUGUUUACGGUAGAUGAUGCCAGUGUACCAUACUCUUGGAAUCACACCAUUACAUAUGGUCCUAAUCGAGGCCGAAUGCCAUACUUAGUAGAGACACUUCACGCUACAUCCAUUGCGGCAGAGUACAACCCAUUGGAUGAAAUUCUAGAGUACAAAAUUCAUGCUAUCAUCACUAAAGGUGACCGUAGUAACCAGUGUCCAAAUGGUUUUGCUUUGGAUUCAGUUGGGCCUUAUUGUUCAGAUGAAGACGAGUGUGCUCUCCGGAACCCCUGCUCUCAUAUAUGUCACAAUGCAAUGGGAACAUACUAUUGUUCGUGUCCAAAAGGUCUCACAAUAUCUGCUGAUGGAAGGACCUGUCAAGACGUCGAUGAAUGCGCUUUAGGUGGCCACACUUGUCAUGCUGGACAAGACUGUGAAAAUACCAUUGGUUCAUAUCGCUGUGUGGUGAGGUGUGGCAUUGGUUUUAGACGGACACUCGAGGGAUUAAGUUGCCAAGAUAUCAAUGAAUGCCAAGAAUCUAAUCCAUGUCAACAUCGUUGUUUCAACACCAUUGGGAGCUACCGGUGUGUAUGCAAUCGAGGUUAUCAGCUACGAGGUAGAAGAUGUAUGGAUAUCAAUGAGUGCAGACAGAAUGUAUGCCAACCUGAUCAACAAUGUAAGAACACGAGGGGGGGAUUCAGGUGCAUUGAUUUGUGUCCUAGUGGAAUGACCAAAGCUGACAAUGGGAGUUGUAUUGAUAUCAAUGAGUGCAAAGAUGGCACCCAUCAGUGUCGUUACAACCAGAUCUGUGAAAAUACACAAAGGAGUUACCGCUGUGUUUGUCCACGGGGCUACAGAUCUCAGGGAGUCGGAAGGCCUUGUGUUGACACUGACGAAUGUGAACGGGUGCCUAAACCUUGUGCUUACCAGUGCAUCAACACCCCUGGCAGCUUCAAGUGUCUCUGUCCACCUGGACAACAUUUGUUAGGUGAUGGGAAAUCUUGUGCUGGAUUAGAGAGGUUGCCAAAUUAUGGGAGAAAUUAUAACUUUGCCCAGUUCCCCAGUGUGAGUUACUUCAACCAACAACAGCCGCAGCAGCAACAGCAUUAUUUUAGUCAGUCCUCUCAGUAUAGAUCGCACAUGGGCUACGGAAGCAUUUACCGUGCAGCUUUCUCCAGGACUGGCAGGAGCAUUAGAAAAACAUGCCCUCAAGGCUAUGAGGCAAAGAAUGACAUUUGCAUAGAUAUUAAUGAAUGUGAAAAUAAGGAACCUUGUCAGCAUGACUGCAAAAACACAGCAGGGAGCUACCAAUGCCUCUGCCCCAGUGGAUACCGACUCAUGCCUAAUGGGAAAGCAUGCCAUGAUAUUGACGAGUGUUUGGAGCAAAACAUCCACUGUGGAGCAAACCAUAUGUGCUUUAACAUGAGAGGCAGCUACCAGUGCAUAGACACUCCUUGCCCACCCAAAUACCAGCGAGAUCCAGUCACUGGAUUUUGCCUGAAAAACUGCCCACCCAAUGAUCUCGAGUGUGCUCUCAGUCCAUAUGCCUUGGAGUAUAAGCUUGUUGCCCUUCCAUUUGGUAUUACUGCAAACCAGGAUCUUAUCCGUCUCGUAGCUUACACACACGAUGGAGUGAUGCAUCCCAGAACAAUCUUCUACAUGGUUGAUGAGGACCCAAUGAUACCUUUUGCAAUUCGAGAUGAGAACUUGAAAGGAGUUGUAUUUACAAUCAGACCACUACGAGAGCCUCAGACAUAUAGGAUGAAAGUGCGAGCGUCAUCAUACAGUGUGGAUGGAAAUAUUGAAUACCAGACUACUUUCAUAGUUUAUAUAGCAGUGUCUGCUUACCCAUACUAAAAGCACUUCAACAAGUAUACUUUUUAUUCACCCAAAUAAGUAGCAGUCAGGACCACCGGAAUCAAAUAUUUGAAAUCUGCAUUGUCUAAUACAGUUUUGUGAAAAUGGUGCUAUGUUCUGGCAGUAUGCAUAUCUGAAGCUUGUGGAAAGCAGGCACUGUUCUGGCAUGCUAUUUGAACAAGGCAGACAAAUCAUCAUUCUUAGCAAUGCUUAACCAAAGACCAAAUAGUCACCAGCCAUUUAAAGUCAAUACACUGUAUAAGAAGAUGACAAGUUCUGGGAGUCAGAUAUCAAGAUGUAUUCUAUUUUUAUGAAAUGUAUAUAUGAGCAAUUCUCGUGUAUUUUCUAUGCAGUUACCUAUGGUUCAUUUAUUUUUUUUCAAAAGGCUGAAGUGUGACAUAAGAUAACAAAAUAAAGAUCACACCCUUCUAACUUU